CUGGCGGGCCCGGGCUCCAGUGUUCCGGGGCGAGUUCCUAGUCUCGUGUGGCUGGCAGGCCUCCGGGUCUCCACUCGCCCGGAAGAGGCACAGAGCGGCUGCGGACGCCGGAGCGGCCUCGGGGAGACAAAAUGUGCUGCGAGAAGUGGAACCACGUGGCCGAGAUGGUGCUCUUCGUCGCAGACCACGAGGAGGACUGCAGGAUCCAGUGCCUCUGCUCCAGGGCUUUUGUGGAGGAUCGAAAAUUGUACCACUUGGGAUUAAAAGGCUACUAUGUCAAAGGCAGUGGCGAUAAUACAGGAGAUCAAGCCACAGAAGAGGAGGAAGAUGGCUGUUUCCAUGACACUGCAGACUCACAGGGCAACAAAGACAUAGGCCCAGAUGAAAGUGAACUUGACUCCGAGGCCGAACUUAUGAGAAGUAUGGGGUUGCCAGUUCAAUUUGGUAGAGUGUCUGCACAUAAGAAUUUUGAGGUGUCAAUGAAUACCAGAAAUAAAGUAAAACAGAAAAAGAGAAAACACCAAAAGAAAUACUUAGAUGAAAUUGUACAAGAAUCUUGGGGAAAAGACUAUGAAGAAGAUGACCUUUUGGUUUCAGAUGACCCAUCCUCAGUUGAACAGGAUGAGAACACCAGAACACAUGAACCAGAAGGCAAAAACGAUAUUGAAACAGAAAAUCUUCCUGUUGAAAAUAAAUUACCUACAAAGCUAGAGGUUUCAGAGAACUGGGAAAAGUACUGGAAUGAAUAUGGAGAAGGGCUCUUAUGGCAAAGCUGGCAAGAAAAACAUCCCGAUCAAACACUGUCCUCUGAACCUUGGAACCAUCCGGAUAUGAAAGAAGAAUGGGAACAGCAUUAUAGUCAGCUUUAUUGGUAUUAUUUGGAACAGUUUCAGUAUUGGGAGGCCCAGGGUUGGACCUUUUCUGCCACAGAUAGUGAUGCUGCAGAUGCCUAUGCAUCUCAAACAGAGGUUGACAAGCAAGAUGGAAGCUGCAUGCAGGUGGAGCUCGUGUCGUUUUCAUCUGCACCCAACACAGUUGAAGAAGAAAGCUCUGGUUCUAAUGAUAAAGAUCAUAAUGAAAUACUUACUGGAAUUAGUAAUAUAAUUCUGAGCUCAGAGGACGUAGAACAGAGCCAGUCAGACUCCUCUGUAAAUCGUGACAAGCAGCUGAGUGAAAUUAGCAAUGGGAGAGAGUGCCCUGCUUCUGGUGGAAGUGAACCAUGUAACGGAGCACCUCAGGAAAGUAACUUCUCUGGGAAGAGAAGCACAGACCAGCCGGCUCAAGAGUCACAAGAGUGUUCAGGAACAAACUCAAGUAGAGACAGACCAUGCAUGAACAGAACUGAUGGAAGUGAGAAUGAAGACGAUCCACCUGACCAUAAGCCCAGCAAGCUGAAGAGAAGCCAUGAGCUGGACAUUGAUGAAACCCCAGAUUUAAACAUCGAUGACAAUGGUCUCCUUCUUGGAUUCAAGCAUGGCUCAGGACAGAAAUACGGUGGAAUUUCAAAUUUCAGUCAUCGACAGGUCAGGUAUCUGGAGAAGAAUGUGAAAUACACGUCGAAGUACCUGGACAUGCGCAGGCAGAUAAAGAUGAAAAACAAGCACAUCUUGUUUACUGAAGAGUCAGAAAAACCACUUUUUAAGAAGAGUAAAGCUCUCAGUAAGGUAGAAAAAUUCCUAAAAUGGGUUAAUGAGCCAGUAGGUGAGGAGUCCUCACAGGAGUCAUUUUCUCAUAACAAAGUACAAGACGCCUGCACAAGCAGUGACUCAGAGGAACAAGACAUGUCUGUUGAAAAAGCUGAUGGCCUGAUGGAGACUAGGAGUCCAGAACCUGAAAAAUGUCAGACCAUCUCUUCAGCCAGUGAACUUGAAACGGAAAAGAAUGAAGGAGACACCAUGAUAGCAGCUGAUCCAGACUGUACGACUGAAGAGAGAGACCCUCCCCAGGGAGAAAAGGAAGGCGAGACUGAAGUUAAAAAGAAGAAGAAGAAGAAGAAGAAAAAGAACAAGAACAAAAAGAUCAAUGGUUUGCCACCCGAGAUAGCCUCUGUUCCAGAGCUGGCAAAAUACUGGGCCCAGAGGUACAGGCUCUUCUCCCGCUUUGAUGAUGGGAUUAAGUUGGACAAAGAGGGCUGGUUUUCAGUGACUCCUGAGAAGAUUGCUGAGCACAUUGCUGGCCGUGUCAGUCAGUCCUUCAAGUGUGACAUUGUAGUAGAUGCAUUCUGUGGAGUUGGGGGAAAUACCAUUCAGUUUGCCUUAACAGGAAAAAGAGUGAUUGCCAUUGACAUCGACCCUGUUAAGAUUGAUCUUGCUCGUAAUAAUGCUGAAGUUUAUGGGAUAGCAGAUAAGAUAGAGUUUGUCUGUGGAGAUUUCUUGCUGCUGGCUCCGUGUUUAAAGGCUGAUGUUGUGUUCCUGAGCCCACCUUGGGGAGGGCCAGACUAUGCCACUGCAGAGACCUUUGACAUUAGAACCAUGAUGUCUCCUGAUGGCUUUGAAAUUUUCAGACUUUCCCAAAAGAUUACCAAUAAUAUUGUUUAUUUUCUUCCACGAAAUGCUGAUAUUGAUCAGGUGGCAUCCUUAGCUGGGCCUGGAGGGCAAGUGGAAAUAGAACAGAACUUUCUUAACAAUAAAUUAAAGACGAUCACUGCUUAUUUUGGUGACCUGAUCCGAAGACCAGCCUCUGAAACUGAAGUGUGAGGC